CUGUGAAGAUGUGGCAGGUGUACAUGUUUUUUAUGACUUGCGCUACGUGUAACGUUUUAGAGUGGGCUGUGGUGCCCUUGUUGGAAAGCCGUGGGCCAAGGGUUUUUCCUUUCAAAAUAUGGAUGCCAGCAGACCCGGCCAUGUGUCCCGACUACGUGUACACCAUCUGCUACGUGUACCAGGCGGUCGCGGUGUACUUGAGCGCCACUACAUUCCUCACCAUCGACUUCAUGACCGUCUCUAUGAUCACGUUCGCGUCUGCGCAACUUGAAAUCAUCGCGGAGAAGAUUAAACAGAUUCCACCUGUGGCAACUUCGUCUGAGAAUUUGAAAGCUGAAGAAGUAAAAUCCCGGGUACAAUACAACAAUAAAAUUCUCAACGAAUGCAUUCAGCAACACCAAGCAGUAAUAAGGUUUGUCGGACUAGUGGAAAAUAUGUUCAACGUGAACAUUUUCUUUCAAAUGAGCGGAACUGUCGCCAUCAUCUGUAUCAUUGGUUUCCGAAUUACUAUAGAGCCACCGAACAGCUUCCACUUCUAUUCCACACUGAACUACCUGGUGACGAUGGUGGCGCAGCUGUACCUUUACUGCUGGUGUGGCAAUGAACUUACCGAAAGAAGCCAAGUCCUCAGAGACACGCUAUACACGAGCCAGUGGUACGAGCAGGACCGGCGUUUCGGGAGCACCUUGGGGAUAGCUAUGGAGUGCAUGAAGCGGCCCAUCAUCUUCCGUGCUGGGUACUACAUUCCGUUGUCGAGGCCUACUUUUGUUUCGAUACUACGCUGUUCAUAUUCUUAUUUUGCCGUCUUGAAUCAAGCAAAUAAUAAAUAAAUUGAACGCUCGAAGCCGGUGGCAAAACUUUAGUAAUUUUAAUUAAACCUACAAUUACUGUUGACUUUGUACAUU